AUUCAAUUUCCAGAACUCAAAUCACUGAUUUUUGAUUUACAGGAUAGAAAGUUCCUCUCAGGUGAUCAAGAAUGUUUACGCGGAUGUUCGGUAAACCUAAACAGGAAACCAAUGCCUUAGCAACGUUAGACAAGUUGAAUGAGACACUUGAAAUGCUGGAGAAAAAGGAAAAAGUCCUAUUGAAGAAGGCUGCUACUGAGGUUGAAAAAGCCAAGGAAUUCACCAGAGCAAAGAACAAAAGGGCGGCAAUACAAUGCUUGAAAAGGAAGAGGCUAUAUGAACAGCAAAUUGAGCAGCUGGGUAAUUUCCAAUUGCGCAUCCACGAUCAGAUGAUAUUGCUAGAAGGUGCGAAAGCGACAACUGAGACUGUGGAUGCAUUGCGAACCGGUGCAGCUGCCAUGAAAGCUAUGCACAAAGCAACGAAUAUUGAUGAUGUGGACAAGACAAUGGAUGAGAUAAACGAGCAGACUGAGAACAUGAAGCAGAUUCAAGAAGCAUUAUCAACUCCCAUUGGUGCAUCAGCUGACUUCGAUGAGGAUGAACUUGAAGCAGAGCUUGAAGAAUUGGAGGGAGCUGAGUUGGAAGAACAGCUUCUUCAGCCUGCAACAACUUUACCUGCAGCUCCAGUGCAAGUCCCAGCCGGCAGGAUACCAGCUCGCCCGGCUGCUCAGAAAAACACGGCCGAGGAAGAUGAGCUUGCUGCAUUGCAGGCAGAGAUGGCACUUUGAACAUGUAUUCAUGGAGUGCACAAAGAUUAUGUAAAGAUAAGUUGUACUCAUUACAUGUUGCCUAGGCUUCCAUUCAUACACAGCAGUCCUCAGUGUGCAUUCUCUAAUAAGAUACAUUGUGGAGGAGUCAUAUAAAGUAAAAAUGUCUUACACACUCUCUAUCUGUAUUGUACUUCCUGGAACUUUUAGAAGGUUGCCAAUUUGAUUUGGAUUACUUUUCUGGCUAGUUCAUAUAUUUCGUGAAUCUUUUUUAUAACCAAGUUAAUCAUCGGAGAGGCUUGUUAUGUAUGAAUAACUAAGGAUAUGCCAAUUGUAUAUGUUGUUUUAUGCUCCCAAGCAAUGUAAAUGUGCUGGAACUGUGGAGUGUG